AUGGCCGAGGCCUCGCUGCAGGAUCGCCUUCGCGAUCAUGCAAAGGCCUUUGAUGGCCUCCUCAGCCUGAUUCCGGCUAAGAUGUACUAUGGAGAAGACAACAGCGAUCAAUGGCAGCGAAAGAAGCAGACGAAGCAAGAGGCCGCCGCCGCCCGGAGAGGCAAGCUGGACCCCGACAGCGAGCUCAACCGCAACGCGAAGGAGGUCAUGGACGAGCGCGCCAAGAACAAGAGAAAGCUGCGUGAAAUGGAGCAGGAGCAGCAGGACGAUGAUGACGACGACGCCAACCCCGACGAGUCGUUCGACGCUCCCGAGGGCGUCGAAGUCGAGAAGCCCGGCGAGGGCCUAAGGAGAAAGACGGAGGAGAGCAACAAGAAGCAGAAGCUCGACGCUGAAAAGGACAACGAAGCCGCGGAGUCCAGCGAGCCAGCGCUCAAGCUGUCCAAGAAGGAGCAGAAGAAGGCGGCCAAGAAGGAAAAGAAGGCCGAGAAGAAAGCCGAGCAGAAGGCGAAGCGCGCAGAUGAGCCGCCCACGCCCGCAAAGGAGGAUGUAGCCAGCACAAAGGACACCAACAGCACACCUGCCAGCAGCAAAAAGCAAAAGGCAAAGAAGGCCAAGGCUGAUGCGACGCCGUCAAAACCACAGCCGACUGCGCCGCAGCAAGUCGACGAGAUGGAUGUGGACGCCACUCCAAAGCCCGAUGCGCCCGCCCUGUCACUCGAUACCACGAUGGAGGAGAAGCCAAAGGAUCACGAGGACGAGGAGUCUGCGUCGGAAUCCGAUCACCCGUCGCCAAUGUUCGACAUGGGCGAGCCCGAGGAGUCCGUCAACGGCGCCUCUGCCGAACCCGCCAGCACUACAACAUCCAUCUCCUCCGCCGUCCCUCCGUCCGAGAAGCCGAAGCAGAUCAAGAUUCCGGCCGACACCACGGCGCUGAAAGCCCGGCUCGCAGCCAAAAUUGCGGCCCUGAGAGCGGCUAGAAAAGCCGACGGCCCCGACGGAAAGCCGAUCCGCACCCGACAGGAGCUCAUCGAGUCGAGACGGGUGAAGCAGGCCCAGCGCAAGGCACAUAAGAAGGAGCUGAGGCAGCAAGCCAAGCUGGAGGAGGAGCGGAAGCGCGAGGAGGCCCUCGCGUCUAACUCUCCCGGGGUCAUGAGCCCCGCUGUUGAGCUGGAUGAGAACGGCAGCUUCUCCUUCGGACGAGUGGCGUUCGGCGACGGUUCGCAAAUGUCUCACGACCUCAGCUACGUCCUCAACCAGGGAAAGAAGAAAGGCCCAUCCGACCCCAAGACCGCGCUGCUCAAGGUGCAGAACCAGAAGAAGCGCCUACAGGAGCUCGACAGCGAGAAGCGCGGCGAGAUCGCCGAGAAGGAGGCCUGGCUGACGGCCCGGCGCCGCAUCGAAGGCGAGAAGAUCCGCGACGACGAGGCCAUGCUCAAGAAGGCGGUGAAGCGCAAGGAGACGGCCAAGAAGAAGAGCGAGAAGGCCUGGAAGGAGCGCGCGAGGGGCGUCGACCAGGCCCAGAAGGAGCGGCAGAAGAAGCGCGAGGAGAACCUCCAGAAGCGCCGCGACGAGAAGGCCAUGGGCAAGGCCGGCAAGAAGAAGGGCGGCGCCAAGAAGAAGAAGGGCGGCCGGCCGGGCUUCGAGGGCAGCCUCGGCGUCGCGGGCCGGAGGAAGUAA